UCAGAUCUCAUAUCAAACAACAAAGCAUAACUAGAAACAAGUAAACAGAAUAUCCAUAUUCUUCAUCAAACAAAGAAAAGCAUAACAGAAAUGGCUUUGGCCCUGAGGUUCUUCACAUGCCUUGUAUUGACGGUGUGCAUAGUUGCAUCAGUAGAUGCAGCAGUCUCAUGUGGCACAGUGACAAGUAGCUUGGCUCCAUGUGCCAACUACCUAUCGAAAGGCGGGGAUGUUCCUCCUCCGUGUUGUGCUGGAGUCACAAAGUUGAACGGUAUGGCUCAAACCACACCAGACCGUCAACAAGCAUGCAAAUGCCUACAGUCCGCUGCAAAGACCGUUUCUGGUCUCGACCCAAGUCUAGCCGCUGGUCUUCCUGGAAAGUGCGGUGUUAGCAUUCCCUAUCCCAUCUCCAUGAGCACGAACUGCGACAACGUCAAGUGAAGUGGGAGCUUUAUGAGUAUGAUUUAGCAUAAAUAAAAUAAAACAAGUCUAUAUAUGGACGCUUAUCUCACACUAUGUCUUUGUCUUAUGGCUUUGUGAUCUUUGUUUUCCUCAGUUGUAUCUUAAUAUGUUUUGAGAUAUGAUGAUGUUAUCUUAAUCCUAUAAUUUAAUACCUAUAUCCAAUA